UGGCUGCCUACUGUUCACCGACGGCAUUUUUAUUUACGUUUCAUGUGGUGUCAUUUUUGAGCUUUCUAAAGAGACACGGGACAAACGCGUCUCUCUGAAGAAACAUUACAGUUUAAUAUCGGUGUCUGUGGAGAACGUGAGCGACGUUACGCAAAUCUGCGCCUCCGUAUGUCUCUUUCGUCUCUUUCCUCUCACUCGGCUGCUUCAUUUCGCUGAGCUGUCAACGCUGGUAUCAGUUUCGAGUUUGCCUUUGUCCAGCCCUUUGCUAGCAUAGAGCAUAGAGCUGUCCCAUCUCUCACACUGGAAGAUCCGCUAUGUUCAGCCCCAUCAAGUCUUCUUUCUUCAGAGUCAGUCCUGCCAUUAUUAACACAGAACUGGGGAAGACCAAGAUGAGAUAGCGAGAGGGCAGCGCGGACGGCAAACACACACACACACCAUGUUUGGAAAUCUGUUUGAGGAGGACGACGAAGAGGGCUCCUCUUCCAUGUCCUCCAAGGGCAGAGUCCUGAAGGGGCCCGAGGAGCCCCCUCCACCCCGAGGAAGAAGCAAUCUGUGCGGCAUCAAGAACCAGGGAGGCACCUGCUACCUCAACUCUCUGCUGCAGACCCUGCUCUUCACCCCGGAGUUCAGAGAGGAGCUGUUCAACCUGGGCCCAGAGGAGCUGGGAUGUCUGGAAGACAAAGACACACCUGGAGCCAAAGUGAGGGUGAUUCCCCUGCAGCUGCAGAGGCUGUUUGCUCGCCUCCUGUUGGUGGACCAGCAAAGCGCGUCCACAGCCGAGCUCACUGACAGCUUCGGCUGGAACACCACUGAGGGGACAAACCAGCACGAUGUGCAGGAGCUCAACAGGAUUCUGUUCAGUGCUCUUGAGCACUCCCUGGUGGGCACCAGUGGAAGCUCCUUUAUAAACAGCUUGUACCACGGCACCAUAGUCAACAGCAUCAUUGUGUGUAAAGAGUGUGGCAAUGUGAGCCAGAGACAGGAGGACUUCCUGGACCUGACGGCGUGUGUAUCUGGAGUGUCCAGCCUGGAGGAGGCGCUAUGGAGCAUGUUUGUGGAAGAGGAAGUCUUUGAGGGCAAUAAUCUGUAUCGCUGUGCUCAGUGCAACAAGCUUGUGACAGCGGUCAAGUCGGCAAAGAUGAGGAAGCUCCCUCCCUUCAUGACCAUGUCUCUGCUGAGAUUCAGUUUUGACUUCACCAAAUGUGAGCGAUACAAAGAGACCGGCCGCUACAGCUUUCCUCUCCGCAUCAACCUGCGGCCCUUCUGUGAACAGACAAAGGGAGAUGACUCGGAUUAUUCCUACGAGCUGUUCUCAGUCAUCAUCCACAAGGGCGGCUGCUAUGGCGGCCAUUACCACGUUUACAUUAAGGACAUUGACCAGCUUGGCCGAUGGGAGCCUCCAGAAGAGGACUCUAAACCCAAGACAAAGAAGAAAUCUAGUGAGAGUAAAGUGUGUGCACCAAAGCCACAGGAGGACGAUCCACUGUCCAUCCUCACUGCCAUCAUCGCACAGGAGCCUUCCAAGACUGUUUUAGUGGACCAACUUGGCCAAAAACUCCUGGAUAAGUUCUGUUUCUCAUGGAAUAAAAAAUUUAAAAAGCAAUAUGGAGCCAUAGGAAAGUUCCUGCAGUCCCACAGUGACAUCUUCAUGCUGGUGUCUAAUGGUUCUCGAGUAACGCUGAAGGCCAACCCCCCCAGUCCCCUGACAGAGGUCCCAGGCCCACAGCAGAGCACCGACUCUGGAGAAACAACCACUGACGCACAGGCUGGAGGAGACCAGGAGGUGGAGGAUGAGCCAGAGGGCAGCCACUGGUUCGACCUGAACGACUCCACGGUGACCUCCAUCAGAGAGGCAGAUAUCGAGAAGCAGUUCCAAGGCAAAGAGAGCGCCUACAUGCUGUUCUACAGGAAAACACAGCUGCAGCGGCCCCCACAAGCACUGAACAAUCCUCAAUACAAAGUACCUCUUCAACUCAUCAAGAUGGCUCAGGAGGAGAACACUAAACUACAGCAGCUCCGUGAGGAGUUCGAAGCCACUAACAACACUAUAGAUCUGCACCUGCACUUAGCCCCGUUGUAUAAACUAGAAAACGGAGCCUUGCAACCGAUCUGCGAGCAACAGCCCGGGACCACCACUCUGAGCUUUGACCGCAGGAAAACUGUGGGAGACCUGCGCCUAAGCAUCUAUCAGAUGCAAGACCCUUGGGAUGGAGACAUGGCUCUGACCGUGGCUAAGAGUCUUCCAGCGGGGCUCCACUUAUACAACACUCUCACAGAUGAUGGUGUGUCCCUGUACAGCGCUGGAAUUACAAAUAACACUGAUCUGUUUGUUUGGAACGGCAAAGAGGUUUGUGGCGCUGCCGUCCUGACCGGAGCAGAGUGGGAGCCCGUGCUGCUCACCGUCGUCCGCCCUUUCCUCGACCCUGAAAACAACAUGGAGGACGGUGGCGACGAAGACCACACCCUGAGUGAGAGCCAGGCGCCCGGGCUCAGGAGGGAGGCCAGGGGGUUCGCGGGCGGAGCGACCCUGGGCGAGGUGAGGGCGGCCCUGGGCGAGCCUAAGGACAGUGUGCUGUGUCAGGAGGCUUGGGGCAAGGUGGAGGCUGGAGCGGGCGAGGGCGGAGGGGCGAGCGGCUGGAGGGUGUUCCCCCCGGACGACAUGCUGCGCACCCUGAAGGAGCUGUCUCUGAAGGACGGGGACGCUCUGCUGGUGCUGGAGCCACAGUCCUUUGACAGCAGCGUUUUCACUCUAAAUGGAGACGUGGUAACCGUGACGACGCCGUCUGACUGCCGCUGGCUUCAGGUCGAUCAUCAGCCCAACAUACGGCACGGUCAGAAAGAGGAGGAGCCUAACAGAGUCAAAGUGCUGGCUACAGGAAAUACUCUGCUGAUGGAGGUCAAGCAGAGGGCGCUGGAGAAAAUACAAGAGCUGGAGCAGAAGCCACUGGAAGGUGCAGAGUACUGCCUCAGACAGGUGGACUGCACGGGGAAACUCCUGCCUCCAGUGUGUGAGGAGCUGAGUGUGCGUGAAGCGGGCGUCCGGCUCAUGACCACACUGACUCUGUGCCGCGGACGGGCCCCCAAGGCCUCACAGCUCUUCUUGAACUUUUCUGUGGGUGCGGCGCCCUCUGCUGGUUUGGAAAUGGACAUCAUUGUGGAAAAGACUUGCACUGUCAAGGAGUGUUUGAAGCAAAUGCUGGAUACUGUUGGUCUGGAGGGCACGGGCUGGCACCUGAGACGCCUCGACUGGUGUGAGGAGGUCGGAGAACCACUCAUGGAUGAAGAUGCACCACUGCCUGAUCUGAAGAUAAGCAACGGAGAGACUCUGAUCAUUGCAGAAGGACAGCUGCCUCCAAAGGGUUUCCUGAAGCUGUGUGUGUGGUUGUUUGUGGGUGAGAGCAGACCUUGCACUGCCAAUGGCUUUACAGAGGCGACAGUGAACGGAGGAGACCACGUCCCUCUGUGCAGCUGUAGUUCCCCAGAGCUCAGGGACGUGGGGCAGGUGGAGAUCUCAGACGAGGCCUCGCUGGACGACCUCAAAACACAGGCUCUGACCCUCCCCGCCCUCUCAGACCUGUGCGUGCCCACCUGUGCCUUCCUCAGAGUGUGGCAGCUGGAGGGCAGGAAGCUGGCACGGGUACUCAGGGGACCACAGCUCACACUCAGGAAGCUGAAGAUAACCGGUGGGACCAGUCUCUGCAUUCAACAGCUCUUUAAAGAGGAAAACCUUGGGCCCAAAGAGGUGGUCCUGAGUGUGAAGAUGGGCGUUCCUGGUGAAGGCCGGUACUACCCCUCAGAGGAGCUGCUCUGGGAUGCUUCUAAAGACCCGUCCCCUCGCUCCCUGCGCUCCUGCCUGGCCUCGCACUACGGACUGUCCCCAGACUCUCUGCUCCUCGCCAAGUUUCACCCCGACAAACACACCUGGGAGGAGAUCUCUUCAUGGAAUCAGCAGGUUUCCAAAAAGAAGAAGAAAAAGCGGACUGAAUCCUUACUGGGAGGGCCUUUUCAUCUGAUGGACGGAGACACCAUCGGCGUCAAGAAUCUGCUGAUUGACAACAACCGGGACUUCUGCACCGUGGAGGACAGACUGUGUCAGCAGAGGCUCCGAGAACAAGCACAGAUGAACAAAGGAGACCAGGCUGCAGGCUUCAACUGCACUGAGCAAAAGAAGAAAGGUGGACCACCCAAGGCCAGGAAGCCAGAAGUGGGACUGUCGAUCAGCGUGGGGGAGUUCAGAUAGCAGUCUGCCUCCAGUGCACCCACACAGCAUCAAUAUGAAGUCAAUACUGUCACAAGAGAGGGAAGCCCCAACUCGAUUUUGUAUAUAAUGGGCUCCUCUAUGCAAUAUUUCUAUUUGUAACAUCUUGGCUUUUGCAAAAACCUUGUAUACUAUAAGAACACAUUUAUAGACACAAGUUUCUACCAAACACUGUGAUUUAAUUUUGUUAUGGUUUUUGUUCUUCAGAUUUUGGGGUAAUUUUUUUUUUCAUUCAAAUACUGUAAAAGUUGCCAGGUGGGGCAAAUUUGUACCUGUACCUGCUGCCAUUAUCAGACUUUAAAGGGCCACUAAACACCAAAGUCACUUUUUUUUCCUAAUGAUUAUCUGUGUAAAUGGGUCUAAAAUAGAAAUGUACACCUACCCCUGGCCUUUUUUGGGAUUUUUAGUGCAUAUUUGUAAAAAAUCUGACUUUUGGGUCAAAGUCGUGUCUGUAAACGGUCUCUUUAGGAUCAACUACGGCCAGUACAUUUGAAUUUUUGGGUCGGACUAACUAGGACUGAGUAUCAUUAAGAAGUUGCCGAUACAAUACAUACCUCGAUUCAUAAGCCACGAUACGAUACGCAUCUUGAUACAGCGCACUUUCAGUUCGUAUAUAUUAUAUAUA